AUGUGGGAUAGGUUGAUUUUAAGAUUUUAUAGUUCCAUUAGAAAAAUGUUACCCGAGGUAGUAUUUGUGCUAGGUGCUCCAGGUGCGGGCAAAGGAACGCAAUGUAGUCUUAUUUCAAAAGAAUUCGAUUUUGUACAUCUGUCGGCGGGUGAUUUACUUCGUGAAGAGCGUCAGAGACCAGGUUCUGAAUAUGGUGAAAUGAUCGAAGAAAAAAUUCGAAACGGUGAAAUUGUUCCCGUCGAAGUUACGUGUUCCCUUAUUGAUAAGGCGAUGCAAAAGUCAGGUAAAACCAGGUUUUUAAUCGAUGGCUUUCCUCGUAACAAAGAUAAUUUGGAUGGUUGGCAGCGGGUCAUGACGGACAAGACCAAAUUGCUGUUUGUUUUAUUUUUCGAAUGUUCGCGGGAUCUGUGUACGGAGAGGUGUUUGGGCCGAGGGGCGGCUGGCAGUGGUCGCUCAGACGACAACCUCAAGUCACUGGAGAAGAGAUUCAACACUUACAUAAACGACACCUUACCUAUUAUUAACCACUACGACCAUCAAGGCCUUGUGCAAAGGAUUAACUCUGAAGUAGGUCCGCAAGAAGUGUUUGAAGAUGUUAAGAAAGUCUUUAAUGAUGUAGGAAUACACCGAAUAUCUAAUUGA